AUGUUAAGAAAUCAAAUAACAGGAAAAUUAGAAGCUGUUGGAGAUACAGUAGAACCAUUUUAUUUUAUUUUACGUCCAAAAGAUGAACAAAAUUUAACUCGUGAAGAUCAAGAUAAAGGAAAAGAAUUAUAUUCACUUUUAAAAGGAAAAUAUGCGAAAAUUAAAUUUAAUGGGAAUGGUCAUGAAACAAAAGAUCUUAAAAUAUUUUUAAUAGAAUUAAAAGAUAAUAUUAGUCAACAAAAUCAAUAUUUUUAUCAAACAGAUUUACCAUUUACUAUUAAAGAAGAAGAAGGAAAUAAUAUUCGAAUUUAUCUAAAAGAAAAAAAUAUUUUAAAGUCUGGUGGACUUGCUAAAUAUAAAUAUGUAUAUAUUAAAAGAAAUAUUGAAAGAAUUUUAAAAAAUAUUCAAUUUGAAAAUGAUAAAGAAUUAAUUUUGUCGAAAAUUUUGUCUUUACAAGGAGAUAUUCGUUCAUUUAAAACAGGUUUAAAAGCUAAUUUAAAAGAUUUUAUAGAUCUUCAAGAUCAAGAAAAUGUUCCAAAAGAUAAAUCUUGGUGGGAUUGGAAUGGUUUUGCCGUUGCAAUGAUAGGACUUGUUCAAGUCAUUGCCGAAGCUGUUUUAGUAGCCUUUGGUUUGACUCAGAUAGGCAAUGCUUUAAUAUCAGGUAUUUUUAGUUGGAAAGAAUGGGCAAUACAAAAAGCAAUUAGCUUCGGUCUCUCUAUGUUGACUGCUGGAAUUGGAAAGUUUUUGACGGAUAAAAUUAUGGAACAGAUUCAAGAAAAUAUUUAUACAAAAGAUUGUUAA